ACGAGUGGUUCUGUGGCGACUGCGGCGUGUGAUGCCGUAGCCAAGGUGACCGCAGCAGCAGACAACUGACAACCCGCCGCUCGUCGUCAACAAUAUUCUAGCGUGCAUAUUCCAGUUCGUUUCCACGGUGAUUUGGAGCGUCAGCACCGAGGAAUCCUGGACGACAUUAAGACACCUGUCAGGAAAGCCGGCAGGCUAGCAGACACAAGUUUAUUCGUCAUUCAUGAAAACAGUGUCUGCAGAAAAACUGAGAGAGAAUUCCUUUCGAGGAAAUAGAGUACUGUUUUGAUGAAACGUGAGUCACCUGUAGUAGCCUCAGGACAUGGUUGCCUGGAUACAUCUCUUCAGAAGCGAGGAGCCGGAGGUGGUGAUUCGGUGGCUGCGGAGAGAGUUGAGGGUGUAAUCACCAUGACUACGGGAGCCCAGUAUGCUCUUGCUACGUCCGCUGGGGCUGGUGGUGGCAGGGACGGUACGAGCGGGGUGGGAGUAGAUUCUAAGUCUGGUGUAGUCGUCGUAACCACCUCAAGCUCCAGUGGCAGUGGGAGCGCAGCUCAGACUCAAUCUACUAGGGGUCAGCAACUCAUCACUGUAGUCACAAGUCCAGAUCCUUCUAGUCCUAACAACCUCCAAGUGCAACCUAUCCAGUUGUUGGUUCAGGACUCACUUGAAACAGCUGCAGAUUCGUCAAACGGAUCAUCAGACACUUCGGUACAUGUUACUGCGCAAGUUGUAGUGAAUACUACGCACUCCGGUCAACACACUCUCGUUGAUACUACAGACACUGCUUCUACUGGAGCUGGGACAAUUGUCAGUGGGUCACCACAUUACAUAACUGUAACAGGCACCGGUGACUCACCAUCCUACGCGUCCCUUACAACGGCUGUAGUGUCUGGAGACGCCGAGGCAGUGGGUUCCGAAUCUGUAUCACACCCAACAUAUGUCCAGUAUGUCGAGGGGGAUACUUCAACAUAUAUACCGACCAACGGACAGAUGACAUAUCCGGUAUAUACUGUUGGUGAGGCAGGGGCCAUGUACACUCCUGCUUCCAGCCAAUAUUAUACACCGGCAUCAACACCAGUCACAUACACACAGGUCACGGGACAAGGGUCAAAUGCCACGACUGGACAGCUCCUAUCUCAAAGCAACGGUACAUAUUUGAUACAACAGAGCGUGGUAGAUGGUGAUCCUACAACACAUGCACUUAUAUCUGCCACUGCGGCCCGAGCUAGUCCGCAAGCAGAAAAUGCUGAGGCAGUGGUUAGCGGGGGUGGAGGGACAUACCUGAUCAGCGGAAAUGCAGGUGGCACAGCAGUGAGCGUGGAAGAGGCUGCUGCUGCUGCGGCUAACAUCACGCAUGCCACUAGAGCCUCCCAGGCCACAGUACAAUGGUUAUUGGAAAAUUACGAGACAGCAGAUGGGGUGUCUCUUACAAGAUCGACACUUUAUAAUCACUAUUUACGUCAUUGUUCAGACAACAAAUUGGAUCCUGUAAACGCAGCAAGUUUUGGAAAAUUAAUCCGCUCUGUAUUUUUGGGACUACGAACUAGACGUUUGGGUACUCGGGGUAACUCUAAGUACCAUUACUACGGUAUUCGCGUCAAACCAAGUUCACCAUUGAUGAUGCUGAAUGAAGAUGGAACAUCUCGUCAACAGCAAUCAUCAAAUGGUCAAGCCAAACGUUUCAAAUCUGUUCAUCAAAAGCCUGAAUCCGCAUAUGACGGCAAUACUCACGACAACACAAGCAUUGCUUCCAAUCCAUCUCCUCCGCAGUAUCAUCAAUAUUUAGGUGAAGCAAGUGGUGCUAUUCCGGAAUUUCCUGAAAUCGACGUCUGUCAUGGCUCGACUUUACCUGAUGAUUGUACAUUAGAAGAUAUUGAUACAUUCCGGAGCAUAUAUAGAGAACAUUGCGAGGCUUUCUUAGAUGCAGUUUUGAGCUUUGAAUUUGCCACCGUUGAGAGUUUGUGGCAAGCGUUUUGGCGCAGUCAAGAUAAUAAUAAUGGUGACGAAUGUGAGGCAGAAAAGUACCUGUCCAAGACUAAACUGUAUCAAAUGUGCAAGUGCUCAGCAGUCCAGGAUUUCAUCAGAAGGGUUGAUUAUACAUUUUACCAAAAUCUUGUCCAAGUACUUAUGCCAGAUGUUCUGCGACCCAUUCCUAGUUCUCUUACUCAGUCGAUUAGAAACUUUGCUAAAUGUCUUGAAUCUUGGUUGACUUCGGCUAUGAAUAAUUGUCCUGAAGAGAUGAUGCAGAUCAAGCUUAAAGCUGUAUCAGCAUUUGCACAAACCUUGCGACGAUACACAUCACUCAAUCAUUUAGCUCAAGCUGCCCGUGCUGUACUGGAAAAUUCUAGUCAAAUCAAUCAAAUGGUGGCUGAUUUGAAUCGCAUUGACUUUCACAAUGUCCAGGAACAGGCUUCAUGGGUAUGCCAGUGUGAUUACGCAGUUGUCCAACGAUUGGAAGCUGAUUUUAAAGUUACGCUGCAGCAUCAAAAUUCAUUGGAGCAAUGGGCAGUAUGGAUGAAUGGUGUCGUUACACAAGUACUUAAACCCUAUGAAGGAAAGCCAACCUUUGCUAAAGCUGCUCGGCAAUUUUUACUAAAGUGGUCCUUCUAUAGCUCAAUGGUCAUAAGAGAUCUUACACUAAGAAGUGCUGCUAGUUUCGGGUCAUUUCACCUGAUGCGGCUUCUAUACGAUGAAUACAUGUUCUACUUGAUUGAACACCGAGUAGCAGUUGCUACUGGCACAACACCUAUAGCAGUAAUGGGUGAUAAAAAUCAAAGCUGGUCACUAAUCAAUUCAUUUGCAGCAACAGCAAUUGGAGGUGACCCUAUUAUGUAUGUAGACGUGGACAUGGCAACGCUGCAGGUCAAACAGAUAUAUCGAGCACCAGGCAAUCAAAGUGCAUAAAGUUAAGCUAACUGCAUAUCUUUGCCUGUUACAAUGUAAGUAAUUAGUUUAAAACGAUAUACUGAGGGAUAAUAGUAAUAUUACCGCAUGCAGGCCUAUUAUUCCAUACUAGUCCGUUAGAUUAUUAUUUUAUUUAUUGACGAAUUGUCGUUGCACUAUAACAAUAUAAUGAAAUAAAUAGUGAUUGCAUGUCCAUACGACUCCUGAAAUUUCAUACACUUGCAAAAUACUGCCUAUUACAACUUUAUGCAACUUCGAAAUCAACCGAAUAUCUCCAAAACAAGUGUAAACAACAAAUUUUAUGAAAUUUUUUGGUCAGCGUCAGAAAACCACGUUUCACAAUGUUACUGUUUGGUACUUGACUUUUUUCAUUCUUAAUUUGUACUAUAAGUAUGAAUUAUACCCAGAUUUUAGGCAUCGUAUUAAAUAAUAUAGUAUAAGCGAGAAAGUACUAAAUUGGUUAAGAACUCCCCUAGAUACAACAAUUUAUUCUAAUUUCAUUUUUGCGAAUGCAGUGCUGAGAUUAGACACCCAGUUUUUUUAUAAAAUGAUUUAAAGCUUAUUACACUAAGCCAUCCGUGAUUACAAAUCAUUAAAUUGAUAUGCAAUACGUUUCGAUACUUUGGGCGGUUUUUCUUGGCAAAAUUGUAUGUUUCAAACAUAACUUUACCAACUGUUCCAGUAUGUGAUUUAUGCUGUUUCAUUUACACAUGGGGACUUAUUGAGAAUAAAUUCUUGUAUUCUUAAUUGAUGAAGCAAGGAAAUAUAUUAAAAUACCUAAAAUAUUUUUUUGAAAAACUCACAAAACGAUACUAAUUUAUUUUCAACGGAUUGAUUAAGUAUGCCAGAUUUUUCGGUCCUGUAUCAAAAUAUACAUAAUUUAUAAUGUUAUAUUUAUGCACGAUACAAAUUUUUUUUGCAAUUAAACUAUUAUAUAAUAUUUGUUAAGUAAUCACUGUUUGAAGGAGAUUUUGUUACGUGUGAUUUGUGUGCCAGAUAUAAAUUGAUGAAAAAUAUUUUUAGCUUGCAUACCAAUGAUUGUGAAUACCAUUAUUUCGCUAGUGAUUAUUAAGAAAACAUGAACCAAACAUUUUAGUGUUCGUAUAUAAAUUGAUUGGCUAGUGAAGUUUAUAAUCUAGCCUAUUUGUCAAAGCUUGGAAAACGAAAGUCACCCUACUCUGUUAUGAAUUGUGAGUGGAUGUUUAGUUGAAGGCAUUGUAAAUAUUUCAUAUAUUGAUUUCAAUUAUUUAGUUAAUCCUGUCUGCGUUUUUGGUACUCUUACCCGUGAAUCGUCGCCAGAAAAACUAAAAUAGAUGUUCAUUUGUAGAAAGUUCAGUUAUGUACAGACAAUGCAGCAGUUUGUUGUCUUCUAAUUAAAGAAGGACACAUUAAAUUUUUCCUCUUGAUCUUUUAACUUGAGUUUUACCAUAUGCAGUUUCCAUAAUUCAAUGCCUAGGAUUUGACCAUUUUGAAGUAAACGAUUCUCAGAACUAAACAAAAUGUACCAAUUCUUUGAAAAGCGAUGUAAGUAGAAAUUGAUCUCAAUAUUUUAAUCAAUCUCCUAAUUUCUACUAAUUGCCAUGGAGUAGUUGGGUAGCUCUCUGGUGAAAACUUGAAUUCAAUAAAAAUUGUUUACUGCACAAGAUAUAGGUAUUUAUAAAAUAUACGUAAUUAUUUUUCUAUCAUAAUUUGAAUAUCUCAAAAACAUAGCACCACCCUCCAAAACUGUUUCCAUACGC